AUGGCAAAUGAUCUAAUCAUUCUUCAGGAUUUUGUUUAUGAUGAGUACGAAGAAGUACACCAAUACUAUCCACAUGGUUACCAUGGUGUAGACAGAGAAGGACGUCCUGUCUACAUUGAACGGCUUGCAAAGAGGCAUAUAAAUUCUUUGACGACCAUUAUAGAUGUGUCAGGAGUGAGCUGGAUGAGCUUUCGAAAAUUAGCUCAGGACCUUGUAAUGCGCAUGCAGAAAACUGAUGGCGACAACUAUCCUGAGACAUUGAAUCAGAUGUACAUCGUUAACGCUGGAGGCGGAUUCAAUCUUAUUUGGAACACAGUGAAAGGCUUUCUCGACCCUAAAACUACUUCUAAGAUACACGCUUUGUUGUUAUCUUUAAACAGUGAGCUUCCUGAGUUUCUUGGAAGAGACUGUACGUGUGCGAAUGAGAGUGGAUGUAUGCGAUUCAACAAGGGGCUUUGGAAUGAUCCCGAGAUAAUGAAACUAGUGUGCUCAAGAGAUGCAAUGUACAAAUCAAAAGGAAAUAGACCUCCCAGAGAAUGGAGAAGUAACUACAUUAUUUGCCUUGCGGGCAUCUUCUUUUCCAUCCUAGGAGUCUAUCUGUCUAUUCAAGAAGGAGCAUCAAAGUCAAAUUUCGUCAAAGAGUUUGGGAAAGACAUGAACCGGAUUUUGGAAGAGAUCCCUCGUGACCGUAAAACGUUUAUUUUUUCAGCGACUAUGACUCAAAAGCAUUUCCUUGGAGUGGAAGGAUUGUUUUUGGCUUUGUAUGUUCGAGAACUUCAAAGGGCUUGUUUGAGGAAUCCUGUCAAGAUUGAAGCUGUCUCCAAAUAUCCCACUGUUGAUACUCUAAAACAGCAGUAUCUGUUUGCUCCUUCUAAAUUCAAGAGCCGAUCCUAUCAGUGGUCAUAUGAGCCAGGGGAAUGCAACAUCUUGGUUUGUACGGAUUUGGCUAGUAGAGGGAUGGAUAUCCCAUCCGUUGAUGUGGUCAUUAACUACGCCAUGCCCACAGAUCCAAAGGAUUACAUUCAUAGAGUGGGAAGAACUGCUCGUGCUGGACGUUCUGGUCUCGAAUGGUUAAUAGAAAUAGAGAAACACUCAUUGGCAUGA